AUGGCCAAUGUACACCUCCUGCUGCUGUGUGCUGCCCUGGUGUUUACUAGCCAUGUGCAUGGAGCCACACUGAGAAAUGAAGACAAAUGGAAGCCACUCAGCAACCCCAGGAACAGAGAACUGUUUUUCAGAAGCCUUCAGGCAUAUUUUAAGGGCAGAGGUCUUGAUCUAGGGAAGUUUCCAAAUAUUUUCUCCAUGAGUGAGAAUCCCAGGCCCCUGUCCUUCCAAUCAGAGCAGAUUGCUGCUGCAUUUGCAGAUUAUGAAGAGCAGAAAAACUCCUUCCCUAAACACCUUGAAGGCUGAAAGUUUCCUCUGAGAUCAGGUGUCUGUCCAUUUUGAACUGUAGCAGAAGCUUCUCAGUAGAAAAACUCCACCAUGGUUAAG